AUGGCGUGGGAACCCGAUCGGGCCAGUGUGGAGCAGCUCCAGCGGGUGUUUGCCGGGACGCUUUCGCCGAAUAAUGACGAGCGCCGGGCCGCCAACGACGCCCUCGCCGAGGCGCAGCACACCCCCGAGCUCGAAAACUACCUAUUCUACAUCCUCAUGGAUCGCCUGGCGGCGCUGGCAGUGAGAGCCGCCGCCGGGUCCCAUUUGAAGAAUACCAUCCUUCGCAAGAACCGGGACCGUCCCUAUUUGACCCAGCACGUGAUCCAGGGCCUCGCCGACGACGACCGGCUCGUCAGCCGCAUCACCGCCAACAUCAUCACGGCGCUCUUUGCCCAGCGAGGCGUCGAGGGUUGGCCCGAGGCGUUGCCUCAGCUUUUUGACCUCGUCAAUAAUGGCCACGGCGCCGCCGCGGAAGCGGCGCUGGAGGCGCUUCGACGCCUUUGCGAGGAUCUGUACCAGAAGCUCGCCCGUGACUACCAUGGCGAGCGCCCUGUGGAUGCGAUGGUGCCCCAGUUGUUGGCGCUUACUACCAACGCUCUGCCCGUGAUCAGAGCCAACGCCAUCGGCUGUAUCAACGAGUUCAUCCCCGGGAAGCCCCAGCUGCUCAUCGCGCAGCUUGAUCCUUACCUCCAGCUGUUGUUUCUGAACGCCCAGGACACCGCUCCCCAGGUGCGCCGCCAGGUGUGCCAGCUGUUCCUGUUGAUCUUAGAACAGCGCCCCGAUAAAAUGUUGCCGCACUUGGACGGGGUCGUCGACUAUUGUGUGCAUUUAAUGACGCCGCUGGCGCCUGGCUACGACGACGAAGUAGCGAUUCAAGCGUGUGAGUUUUUGAUGAUGCUUGCGUUGAGUGUCGAAGAAGGGCGCCUCACCUACCAGCCGCGCAUGGACCAAGUGGUGCCGGUAUUGUUGGCGCUGAUGGUGUAUCUGGAGCAAGAAUUGGUCACCAUCGAGAUGCAGGACGAGAAGGACGACGGCGCCGUCGCUGACCGGGACCAGGACAUUAAGCCCGGUCAGGCGCGGCUGAAGGAGCACGCCGUUAAGACGCGCCGCGCCGGCGGCGAUGGCGGUGACGACGACAGCGAUCUGGACUCAGACCUGGACGACGACGACGACGACUUGGAGAACUGGCUGUUGCGUAAGUGCGCGGCGCUGACGCUCGAUGCGCUUCUGACCAAGUUCCCUCGUCAAGUGUUAGAAGUGGCUCUCCCAGAAUUACAACGUCGCUUGGGAGCGCCCGAGUGGCCGGUGCGCGAGGCGGCGAUCCUCGCCUUCGGCGCUAUGAGCGCCCCCUGUGCCGAGUGUGCCGCCGAUUCCGUUGGUGACCUCAUCCCUUUCCUUGUGGAACGCUUACAAGACCGCGAGACCAGAGUGCGCCAGAUUUCGUGCUGGACGAUAUCGCGCUAUGCCGACUGGGUAUGCGACGCCAGCGACCCGGCGCUGCGCCAUUUUGGUCCCGCUUUUGAAGCCGUGGUGCGCUGCGGUCUCGACUCCAAAAAGGUAGUCCAGGAGCUGGCGUGUCUGGCGUUGGCGACGUUUAUCGAAACCUGCGAUGCCCUGUUACUUCGCCCCUUUAUCGGCCCGUUGCUCAACCAUUUUGCCCAGUGUUUCGGCGUCUACCAACGUAAAAACAUGAUUGUGUUGUACGACUGUGUGCAGACGUUUGUUGAGGAAAUGGGCUACGACGCGUUGGUGGCGGAUCCUCACUACAUGGAGACGUUGAUGACUCCGCUUUUGGGCAAAUGGCAGCUGAUGAGCGACGACGACGGCGAUCUCUGGCCUUUGCUUGAGUGUAUGGGGGUAGUGGCGGCAACGUUCGCCGACAAGUUUGCCCCCUACGCCGUGCCCGUGUACCAGCGAGCAGUGAAGAUCCUCGCUCAGUGUGUUCACGCCGAACAACAGUGCCACACUGACCCGUCAAUUGAGCCUCCCGAAGUGAAUAUGAUGAUCACGCUGAUUGACUUGAUCGAUGGCUUAAUCCAAGGGUUUGGUGACCACCUGGCAGAGCUCUUGGCUUCGGCUAGCCCUGAAACCGGUUCGGUAUCGGUGAUGGACUUGGUGAUGGAAUGCUUUGACCACCACCUGGCCGACGUCCGCCAGCUGGCUUAUGCCCUUUUGGGGGACAUGGCCAUUCACGUGUUGCUGCUGACGAUUGCGCCCCACUUGGAAGCGGUUGUCACCUGCAUCGGUAAAGAAGUACACAACCGCAACUGGGAGACUAGCGCCGUCCACCUGAACGCGGUGUGGCUGCUUGGGGAAAUGGCGUUGCGCUUACCCACUGAGCUCGCUCCUUACUUGGCUAACUUACUAGACCUUUUGAUCCCCGUGCUCGAGGCAGUGGACUUGUCGCUGACCGUUUUGGAAAACUACGCCAUCUGCUUAGGUAGAUUAGGUGUCCACUACGCCGACGCCGUCGCCCUCAGAUUAGCGGAGUUCAUUGUCGCGUGGUGUACCCACAUGAUGUACGUCAUUGAGAACGAGGAGAAGGAAUCGGCUUUUGCCGGGAUGGUCAACAUCAUCCACAAGAACCCCGACCACGGGUUUGGCGGGUUGUCGCUGCCGCAAGCGAGAAAGAACUUGGGGCUCUUCUUUUCGUGCAUGGGUAACUACAUGGACCCGUCGCCCCAGCUCGCGCAACAGUUCCACCAGUUGUUGACUGAGUACCACCAGGUGCUUGGUGGCGAUGGCUGGAACCAGGUGAUGGCGCUGGUCGACGCCGACGCCAAGGCUCGUCUCGAGCACUACGGAUAA